AUGAAAACUGUUUUUGAGUGCGACAAAGUAGUAUUUGAUGUUGAUUGGAGUCCUGAUGGAAGGUAUUUAGCUAUUGUUGGCGCCUCACGCGAAUUAGUCCUCUUAAAAAUUGAUGAUGAAGAUCCUUUUAAUGUUACAGAGGUUUUUAGAGAACAAAGACCAAACAUUAUUAGGAGAGUUCAUUGGUCACCUGAUGGUAAGAGACUUGUAACUGCUGGAUUUGAUGGAGUAGCUGUUCUUUACGAAUUUGAUGAAGAUAAACAACCAGUUUUAGAAAUGAUUGGCAAUUUAUACGAAAAUGAUAAAGAACUUAAAUCAGCAAGAUGGUCACAUAGCGGAAAAUACAUUGUUACAUGUAAUAGAGAUAAAUCUAUUUUCGUUUGGGAUGUUGAAGAACUAGAAUAUAUCGUGAUACAUACAGAACAUAAGGGUGAUGUUAAAGACGUUAUGUUUUCACCAGACGAUUCCAAAUUAGUAUCAGUUUCCUUUGAUGGAACUGUUAAAGUUUGGUCUUCUAUGGAGGAAUACGGUAGUCUUCAAACAUUCACUCAUCAUACAUAUACAGUUUGGGAACUCGCAUUUGAUAACGAAAAUGAUGAAUUUGUAACUAUUGGAGAAGACGGAAAAGCAGUUCAUUAUAUCGAAGAAGACGGAAAGUAUAUUGAUGCUGGAGAAAUCCAGUUAAACAGGCCACUUGACUGUCUUUACGCUGUUACUUACAGAAACGGCGAAUGGCUUAUAUCUGGUGUUGACCAUAAGAUAUAUAUCAUGAAUGAUACAUUUGAAGAAAAAAUUGGAGAGUUUGACACUGGCCAACUUGGAGAUAUUAACUGUAUCAAGCCAAAUCCCGAAAAACAGAAUAUCAUUGCUGUUGCAAGUGAUGAUGGAACUGUUUUACUUAUUGAUCAUGAACUCAGUUCAAUAUACUAA